CAUGCAGAGCCCGUGCGCGGCCGGACGGCGGGGCCGCCCCUCUGCCCCGCGCCCUCCGCCCGGCCCGCCCCGCGCUCCGCUCCGCGCCGCGCUCCGCCGGGCCAUGCCACGCUCGCCGGGGACACGGGCGGCCGCCGCGGGUAGCGAUGCGCGGGGGUAGGUAGGACGGACUGACGGACGGACGGACGGACGGACGGACGGACGGUGCCGCCGAGACGUCGAGGGAGAGAGAAAGAGAGAGAGAGAGAGAGAAAAAAGGAGAGUGAGCGGCGGAGCAGCGAGGAGCGGCGGAGCGUGUCCCCGGCCCCGCGUGUCCCCAUCCCCGCAGCAGGACGCGCAGGGCGAUGUCGCCGCGGCAGCAGCCACAGCCCGUGUGACCGCCACCGCCUCUCCAUGUCCCGGCUCGUUAUUUAUUAUUAUUAUUAUUAUUAUUGUUAUUAUAUUUUUUCCUUCUUUGAUUUCUCAUUGGGAAAAGCACUUUGACUCCUGACUGCUCUACCUCAGACCUUAGAAAAACUCAUCACGCUCGCUUUUUGGCGAUUUUAUUUUGAAUUUUUUAAUUUUUAUUUUUCUGAGCGCCGAUCUUUAUAGCUGUUAUUGAUUUAUUGUUACUAUUAUUAUUACUAUUAUUACUAUUAUUAUUCGUGUGGUUGGUAGCGGCCGGGAUUCUGCGGCUGUGUCGAAGCGCUGGGCAGUGGGGGGUUCUUCUGUGUACCCCUCCUAGGACACUCGAACGAAGAUUUUUCUUCUUCCUCCCUUUCUUUUUCUCCUCCUUCAAUUCUCCAAGGCUUUUAAAACAUACAUACACACACAAAAAAAAACAAGAAAAAAAAAAAAAAAGAGAAAACAAAACAAAAUCAAACCUUCGCCGGUGUUGUCGUCUUUCUGAAAAGAAAAAAAAAAAAAAAAAAAAAAAAGAAAGAAAGAAAAAAGAAAAGAAAAGAAAAAAAGAAUUGUUGUUUUUAUUUUUUUUUCCUUGAUACCUGGGAAACCGCUGCCCCCCUCAGAACUAACCAAAGACAAUGGUUCACUGUGCAGGCUGCAAAAGGCCGAUCUUGGACCGGUUUUUGUUGAAUGUACUGGACAGGGCUUGGCAUGUGAAGUGUGUUCAGUGCUGUGAAUGUAAAUGCAAUUUGACAGAGAAAUGCUUUUCGCGAGAAGGCAAGCUUUACUGCAAAAACGACUUCUUUCGGUGUUUCGGGACCAAGUGCGCGGGCUGCGCCCAGGGCAUCUCCCCCAGCGACCUGGUCCGCAGGGCGCGGAGCAAAGUGUUCCACUUGAACUGUUUUACGUGUAUGAUGUGUAACAAGCAACUCUCCACCGGCGAGGAGCUCUACAUCAUAGACGAGAACAAGUUUGUCUGCAAAGAAGAUUACCUAAAUAACAGCAAUACUGCCAAAGAAAACAGCCUGCAUUCAGCCACCACCGGCAGUGACCCCAGCCUGUCCCCCGACUCUCAAGACCCCUCCCAGGACGACGCCAAGGACUCGGAAAGCGCCAACGUGUCCGACAAGGAGACGGGCAGCAACGAAAACGACGACCAGAACCUGGGGGCUAAACGGCGGGGACCCCGCACCACCAUCAAAGCCAAACAGCUAGAGACUCUGAAAGCCGCCUUCGCGGCCACCCCAAAACCCACCCGGCACAUCAGGGAGCAGCUGGCACAGGAGACCGGCCUCAACAUGCGGGUCAUCCAGGUUUGGUUCCAGAACCGGCGCUCCAAGGAGCGGCGGAUGAAGCAGCUGAGCGCGCUGGGCGCUCGGAGACACGCGUUCUUCCGCAGCCCGCGCAGGAUGCGGCCGCUCGUGGACCGGCUGGAGCCCGGCGAGCUCAUCCCCAACGGGCCCUUCUCCUUCUACGGAGAUUAUCAGAGCGAGUAUUACGGCCCUGGAAGCAAUUACGAUUUCUUCCCGCAAGGACCGCCUUCGUCCCAAGCGCAGACCCCCGUGGAUCUCCCGUUCGUGCCCUCCUCGGGGCCGUCAGGGACCCCGCUGGGGGCCAUGGACCACCCCCUGCCCGGACAUCACCCCUCGAGUGAGGCUCAGCGCUUCACCGACAUCAUGUCGCACCCCCCGGGGGACUCGCCCAGCCCCGAACCCAACCUGCCCGGGUCCUUGCACUCCAUGUCCGCCGAAGUUUUUGGCCCCAGCCCCCCAUUUUCGUCGAUAUCCGUCAACGGUGGUGCUAACUACGGCAAUCACUUGUCCCACCCUCCAGAGAUGAACGAAGCAGCUGUGUGGUAGCUUUAAAACAAACUGGGUCUAAGUAAGUGAUGAUCAUCUAGUCUGCUUAUUGUUAUGGUGUACAGAAAUGAAUUCAUAUAACAUCUCUCCCGCCCUAAGACAAUUUUACCUUGGGAACGAACUGAAUCCAAUCGCUCCAAGGCAAGCUUUGCUCUAGACCAGGACAAUCUCCAUGUUAUGGUUGUAUCAAACAAGCGAGGGGACUUUUUUGUACCAUUGACAAAGAAACUGGGGAAGCUGUACAGUAAAAGUGCUGCCAUUCCGUAGGAUGGCGUAAGUUUGAUUACCCUGUUGGAUGUCAUCCUAAGAGCCACAAUCCUUAGAAACUUCUCGUUUAAAAAAACAGAACAAAAAAAAAAUUUAAAAAAUAAUUGAAUGAAGGAGAGGUCAAAGAAAAGGGGAAAAAAAAAGCUUCAAGAACUCUCUAUAGCGUUCCUGGUUAAGGAUGGUUCUGGCAUUAUGAAUCUGUUUGUUCAUUUUUGUCUCUCAGAAAGUUCGACAACAAGAAACUCUUUUUAGCUUCAGCCAUUUCAGCCUGCUGACGAUCAGGUGGGACAACUUUUCCUUUUUCCUUUCUUUUUUUUUUUCUUUUCUGUUUUGUUUCGGUUGUUUUGGUUCGUUUUUGUUUGUUUUUUUUUUUUCCUUUCCAAAAAUAGCAAAUACUAAAUGUUAAGCCCUCAGCACCAACUCUUCUACCUUCACAAAGCUACACGUACAAAACCUCCUCAUCAUAGCAAAGGUCACCACCCAGACCUCUAACGAAAAUGACUUGAAAUAACAAACAAACAAACAAAAAGUAUUCUACCUUCACAGAGAGAGAAAAGCUAAACAAAAAGACUCUAUUGAACUAAAAACAGUCAACUGUUUACGUCUAAUGUUAAAUUCAGGAGCUCAAUGUUUUACUAGUAAAUCCUGUUUUAGAAAAACCUCUUGUUCAAAAGCAAAAGAUUUUGAGCAGCCAACCAAAAUAGUUCAUUUUCUUUUCUGUAGAUGUUCUAACAGAUUGCAGGGCUUGUGGUUCACUGUGCUAGUUUGUAAAAGGUGUUGUUUACAGAAGGCAAAGAAAAAAAAAAAAACCCACAAAACCCAGACAGUUGCCAAAUAAAGUAAAUAUAUAGCACAAAUACUGUAAGGUGCUUUGCACCAGCAACCCAAGAAGGUGUUAAAAAAGUGUUACAAGGUUAAAAAGAAAAAAAAAAAAAAAGACAAACAAACAUCUUUGCUAAUUUUUAGUCCUGUUGAACAUUCAUGGAAUUGUUAAUAUGACUUAUAUAGACCCACACAGGUUUUAUUUUUGUGUCUUUAAAAUAAAAGUCCAAAAUAUUUAAAUUUUAUGGUCAAAUAUGCAGUCAACAGCUGCUACUUUUUUCUUUAUAUAUUAAAUUUCUCAUAUGUCUUUUAUUGUUCUAAUGAACCUAAGCUUGUGUGACCUCCAGUGCAUAUUAGACCAUUCACUGUAUGAAAGAAAACAUGUUGGAUAAAAUUUGUGCGUUUUUAAUAAAAUUAGAAAAUCUGA